CCCAGCCCGCCGCGCCGAACCGCACCGCGCCGCCGCCAGCUCGCUGUAUGCCCCGGGGGCGCGGCCAUGGAGGUGGUGGGCGACUUCGAGUACAGCAAGAGGGACCUCGUGGGACACGGGGCCUUCGCCGUGGUCUUCCGGGGGCGCCACCGCCAGAAAACUGACUGGGAGGUAGCUAUUAAAAGUAUUAAUAAAAAGAACUUGUCAAAAUCCCAAAUACUGCUGGGAAAGGAAAUUAAAAUCUUAAAGGAACUUCAGCAUGAAAAUAUUGUAGCACUCUAUGAUGUUCAGGAAUUACCCAACUCUGUCUUUCUUGUGAUGGAGUAUUGCAAUGGUGGAGACCUGGCAGAUUAUUUGCAAGCUAAAGGAACUCUCAGCGAAGACACUAUCAGAGUAUUUCUGCAUCAGAUUGCAGCUGCCAUGAGAAUUCUGCAUAGCAAAGGAAUAAUUCACAGGGAUCUCAAACCACAGAACAUCUUGUUGUCCUACGCCAACCGCAGAAAGUCAAGUGUCAGUGGUAUUCGCAUCAAAAUAGCGGAUUUUGGUUUUGCUCGUUACCUGCAUAGCAACAUGAUGGCUGCAACACUGUGUGGAUCUCCAAUGUAUAUGGCUCCUGAGGUUAUUAUGUCUCAACAUUAUGAUGCCAAGGCAGACCUGUGGAGCAUAGGAACGGUGAUAUAUCAAUGCCUAGUUGGAAAACCACCUUUUCAGGCCAAUAGUCCUCAAGAUUUAAGGAUGUUUUAUGAAAAGAACAGGAGCUUAAUGCCUAGUAUUCCCAGAGAAACAUCACCUUACUUGACUAAUCUCCUUUUGGGUUUACUUCAGAGAAACCAGAAAGAUAGAAUGGACUUUGAAGCAUUUUUUAGCCAUCCUUUUCUUGAGCAAGUUCCAGUAAAAAAAUCUUGCCCAGUUCCAGUGCCUCUGUAUGCUGGCUCUGUUUCCGGAAGCUCCUGUGGCAGCUCUCCAUCUUGUCGUUUUGCCUCUCCACCAUCCCUUCCAGAUAUGCAGCAUAUUCAGGAAGAAAACUUAUCUUCCCCACCAUUGGGUCCUCCCAACUAUCUACAAGUGUCCAAAGAUUCUGCCAGUACUAGUAGCAAGAACUCUUCUUGUGACACGGAUGACUUUGUUUUGGUUCCACACAACAUCUCGUCAGACCACUCAUAUGAUAUGCCCUCUGGAACUGCUGGAAGACGUGCUUCCAAUGAGUUCUUGGUGUGUGGAUGGCAGUGUCAGCCUACUGUGUCACCUCACAGCGAAACAGCACCAAUUCCAGUUCCUACUCAAAUAAGGAAUUAUCAGCGCAUAGAGCAGAAUCUUACAUCUACUGCCAGCUCUGGUACAAAUCCACAUGGUUCUCCAAGAUCUGCAGUGGUACGAAGGUCUAACACCAGCCCCAUGGGCUUUCUUCGGGUGGGAUCCUGCUCCCCGGCGCCAGCAGACACAGCACAGACAGUUGGACGGAGACUCUCUACCGGAUCUUCCCGGCCUUACUCACCUUCCCCGUUGGUUGGGACAAUUCCUGAGCAGUUCAGUCAGUGCUGCUGUGGGCAUUCUCAGGGCCAUGAAUCCAGGAGUAGAAACUCUUCAGGCUCUCCAGUGCCACAGGCCCAGUCACCACAACCUCACUUAUUGGGUGCUAGACUGCAGAGUGCACCCACUCUGACUGACAUCUAUCAGAACAAGCAGAAACUCAGAAAGCAGCACUCUGACCCUGUGUGUCCAUCCCACUCUGGGGCUGGGUAUAGCUACUCACCACAGCCCAGUCGGCCUGGUAGCCUUGGAACCUCUCCCACCAAGCACAUGGGAUCCUCCCCACGGAAUUCUGAUUGGUUCUUUAAAACGCCUUUGCCAACAAUCAUUGGCUCUCCUACUAAGACCACAGCUCCUUUCAAAAUCCCUAAAACACAAGCGUCUUCCAACUUGUUAGCCUUGGUUACUCGUCAUGGGCCUACUGAAGGGCAGUCCAAAGACGGGACUGACCCACGGGAAUGCUCCCACUGCCUCUUCGUACAAGGAAGUAAGAGGCAGCGGCCUGAACAGCAGAGCAAGGCAGUGUUCGGCAGAUCUGUCAGUACUGGGAAAUUAUCAGAUCAACAAGUAAAGACAACUUUAGGUGGAUACCAGGGGAGCACAGACAGUUUAAAUACAGAACGACCAAUGGAUAUAGCUCCUGCAGGAGCCUGUGGUGUUGUACUGGCACCUCCCACAGGAGUGGCAGCAAGUUCUAGGGCUGUCCUCUUCACUGUGGGGUCUCCUCCACACAGUGCCACGGCCCCCACUUGUACCCAUAUGGUCCUUCGAACAAGAACAACCUCAGUGGGGUCCAGCAGCUCGGGAGGCUCCUUGUGCUCCGCAAGUGGCCGCGUGUGUGUGGGCUCCCCGCCUGGGCCAUUGGGCUCUUCCCCUCCGGGAGCAGAGGCAGCUCCCAGCCUGAGAUACGUGCCUUAUGGUGCUUCACCCCCUAGCCUAGAGGGGCUCGUCACCUUUGAAGCCCCUGAACUGCCGGAGGAGACCCUGAUGGAGCGAGAGCACACAGACACCUUACGCCAUCUGAACGUGAUGCUGAUGUUCACCGAGUGUGUGCUGGACCUGACGGCCGUACGAGGGGACAAUCCUGAGCUGUGCACAUCUGCUGUGUCCUUGUACCAGAUUCAGGAGAGUGUGGUUGUGGACCAGAUCAGCCAGCUGAGCAAAGACUGGGGGCGAGUGGAGCAGCUGGUGUUAUACAUGAAAGCGGCACAGCUGCUUGCAGCUUCCCUUCAUCUUGCCAAAGCCCAGAUCAAGUCCGGGAAACUGAGCCCAUCCAUGGCUGUGAAACAAGUUGUCAAAAAUCUGAAUGAACGAUAUAAAUUCUGCAUCACCAUGUGUAAGAAACUUACAGAAAAGCUGAAUCGCUUCUUCUCUGACAAACAGAGAUUUAUUGAUGAAAUCAACAGCGUGACUGCAGAGAAGCUCAUCUAUAAUUGUGCUGUGGAAAUGGUUCAGUCUGCAGCCCUGGAUGAGAUGUUCCAGCAGACUGAAGAUAUUGUUUAUCGUUAUCAUAAGGCAGCUCUUCUUUUGGAAGGCCUCACCAAGAUCCUCCAGGACCCUGCAGAUAUUGAAAAUGUACAUAAAUAUAAAUCUAGUAUUGAAAGAAGAUUGUCAGCACUCUGCUAUAGUACCGCUACGGUGUGAGCAGCAGCAGGCUAUCCCGUGAACCACUGGUGGGAACAGGAGAUGAUCCACUUGGGAAUACAGCUUGGGUUCUGCCACCCCAUACCCAGGAAACUGUAGUUUCUCAACUGGUGACUACCAAAGAACAAGCAGUGAUUUCAAAAAGGAAAAACAAGAAAAAACUACACAUUUGUAGGAAAUCUGCCUUAUUGGAGAAGUCACCCCUACCCGUUUUCUUUGUAAAAGCAGAAGCAAGAAUAUUCCACUUGGCUCCCAGUUUGAACUUGGUAAAUAAAUAUACCUUAGAACUAGAAUUAUCAGUACAGUUAUUCUUAAGGAUAAUUAAAGAUGAGUGGCUUUUCACUCAGCUUUCACUUUCACCGUAGCAGUGUGUGAAAUUCCAUGUGUUUGCUGAGGUACACAAGUAAAAAUAUUUACAUCUCAUCCAGGCAGUUUGAUAUUUGAAGUAAUUUUAUCUGAAUCUGAGCAUGCAUCCUUAAAGAGCUCAGGAAGAAAUAGCUUAAGAAGAAGCAAAGAAUGGCUCUUGGAAGGAAUUUUGAAAUAUUCAAUUUGAUCUUAAAUGGACACGUUAAUCUUCCAAAAUUCUUUUAUAUUGCACUAAUUUAUUAAAACAACUGCAUAUUGGAUUUUGCAAUUUAAAACUAACUGAGGCACAAUGAACUUGUUUAAAAUAUUUUACUUGAUUAUAUACAUAUACCCUUUCCAGAUUUCACAUGUAAUCACUAGUGAACUUUUAAAUGGUCAAAACUUGUGUUCAUGUGAACUUUGCAUUUUUUUAACCUAUUCAUCUACACCUACAGAUUUUCUCAGUAAUAUUUUGAGUUGCUGGUUAUUUGCUUUUGGUUGCAUGCUGAAUGUGCAUUGAUGCCUGUGACCUUAGAAUUAUUAAAGGCACUAGGUAUUUGGGGGCAGUAUUAAAAAGUAUAUCAUGAAUCAAGUUUCAAGAAUCUUAGUAGGGCCAAAACGAAGUUGAAGAUAAAGGCUUGUUAGUAAUGUGGAUUUUCUACAUGAAGUUAGUGAAAAAUGAGGUUUGUUUUGUCUUAGGAAAACGGGCAGCUCUCUCCAGUCUAAUGUGUAUUUUUCAUGUUCAUCCUGACAAUGCACCGAGUAGCUCAUCAUGGAGAAUGCAGGCAGUUAACAUCCCCCUCCAGGACUGGUCCCUACUUUGUAUAUUAUUUUUGUUUCUUUUACUUAUUUGUUUGAAUACUUGAAUAAACCACUUACCAGUUUAAAUCCUUUUACUUUAAAAUUUUUACAUAAAAUAAUCCAAACUCUUUGACAAAUUGCACAGACACUCUGGCAUUAACCUACUUUUAGUGUACUGAUAAAAACAAAAACAAAUAUGAUUUCCCUUACUUUGACAAAGUAAUGUAAUUUUUACCUUAUUUAUCUGUAUGAAAUUCCAGCAGUUAAUUUGAACAUUUAUUUAUAUGAUGUUUGUAUUUUUAAGUCUUUAAUACAGUGUUUCUACCUCUCAUUUGUAACUGCAUGCAUUGUCCUUGAAACUAGGUAAAACUCACUAAAUUGUUGUGUAAUAAAUAGCCUUUUUAUUAUUGCCUGUACAAAUGUAUAUUAAGGUAAAAUAAAACUGACAAGUGUUUCUAGGUUACAAUUGGGUCCAUGUUAAGUGGCCUGUCAAGCCAGAUACUUCCUUAAUGUGUUUGUAGACUUGGUUAUAAAAAUCCUUUGCCCCGUCAGAGGGCUGACGAUUCUCUUGCAGGUGCCCUAGACCACUCAGCGAUGAUCCCUGGCCCUCCUUGGCCUCAGUGACACUGUCUUUUAUGUAAUAUUUUGGACUUAUAGUCAAUUUUAUUCAUGUUUGCUCAGUUACCACCUAUAUUAUCUCAGAUGACUCAGGUGUAUUCCAUCCCUUCCUCUCCUUCCUGUUUCAUUUGAACACAGGAUGAAACAGGUUCAGAGAGGGAAAGUAACUGGUCUGAAACCAGGAACUAGGUUCCUGAUCACACCGUGCUUUGUGACUUCCACGUCUGGUCUUUGUCUUGCAUAAUAAAGGUCUCAUGGUAGGAGGUUUGCGUGAACCAGUGAAUUCUCAACAGACGAGAACAAGCUAAACUCAUGAGUAAUGGAUCUGAUGAUGCUUCCAUUGUCAAGGCUAACUGCUGUAAGAGACUUUGCCUUGAUUAUAGCAAUAAUAAACA